AUGGCAGUGAUCAUCCUAAUCAUUUCCUCUUGGAUCCCCCUAGCUGCUGCUGCUAUUUCACUGGAGGACACUCCACGAUCGACUGAGACAAAUCUACUAAUUGAUACGCGGAUACCGGUUUUCGUCAACGGUCACUGGCAGAUCAUGUCCGAAGACGAGCAUCGCCAACUCGUCCGUCGGCAGCCAGAGACGUUUACAGUCGACGUCUCGACAGCUACAGCCACUGGAGACGUAUCUACUCAAACAACCGUCGCGACAGGCCCUCUUCCCGCGCCCUUCGAUGGCGCACUCGCUGCGAACUUCUCAGGCGAAGAUGGGGAAGGAUCUUGCCUCGAUUUUAUCAACGCAUUUCUAGAGGACCCGACAUUCCAAGCCUGUUAUCCUCUUUCGCUACUUUUGAAGAACUCCAAUUCAUUCUUCCAGGCUAUGAAAUCCGUGGUCAAAAUUACGCAGGUCAUCGAAACAUCAUGCAAAGCUGACAAGCAAUCUUGCACGACCUAUCUCGAUGAUCUCGCCGAGAAGCUCAAAUCCGAUGAGAAUUGCGGACAGGAUUACAACAAGCGAAAUGAUCUAGUGAUCCAGGCCUACAAGGGAAUGAAGUCGUACGAAGAGAUAUACGGCGCGACGUGUUUAUAUAAUGCAGACACUUCGACGUAUUGCUUUGUCAAUGCGGUUACAAACCAAACGACUGCUUCUAACGUCUACCUAUACACAUUACCUUUCAAUUCAUCCCUCCCCGAAACAGCUGUACCCGCAUGCGAUACUUGCACAAGCGAAACGAUGAAGAUAUAUCAAGCGGCGGCGGCUGACCGGACGAAAUGGAUAUCGAGCACGUACGUCAAAGCAGCCGAGCAAAUAGAUGCAAACUGCGGUGGGAAUUUUGUCAGCGCAGCACUCCCCGAACCACUUCCGGACAACGCUGCGACAUCUAUAGCGCAAGCACCGUCUCUGCUGGUACUAUCAUUUUUAUGCGUAUUCGUUUCACGCUUGCUUCGGUAG